CAGUGACAUAACACCUCAUUCACGAUGAACGGAUAUUUUAGCAACGCUGAGGAAAUAAACCUUAAGUUGGCUAAAGAAAAUGCACUCCAGCAACUACAGGCAAACGAUAAAGAACGCAAGAUUACUAUUCAUGCAGCAAUCAAAUCGCUUGCCGAGAUUYCAUGGCAGUUCCUAGACGGACCCCAAGUGACGGUCGAGGAAAUGGCCAUGCAGUUCUUUUGUCAUCCGAGAGUCUGCAGCUUUCUCAUCACUGCCUCAAGGCUCAAUGUUUUCACUGAGGAACUGGGAAAAUCCUUCAGAAGUGAUCUCGACUCAUUGGGACUCGUCAAGAAAUUGAAAUAUUUCUACAACUUACCARYRGGAGCGGUUACUCAACAGCUUAGAGAUCUUGUAUCAAGAUUCAUUACUGAUGCAAACAAGAUAGCUGAAUGGGAUAAUAUCUCAAAAGUGAUUACAGAAAGYCCACUGUGUACAAAGAAAGUACGCCAUGUUCUGAUCGAGAACGGACUUCCCGAGUGCUACCAGCAAAAUGCUAAAUAUCUUGAGAUAGCAGAUCCACACGCCGUAUAUCCGACGUCUAUUUACCGUAGCUGUGAAGGAUUCAUCCUGGCCAAGCAGGACGCUUCUGUUAUUGAAAGUACAAUGAGUACGACRGUAACAACAACGAUAAAGGUCGUCAAUGACAUUCUAAACCCGGAGAACAUAGAACUGAAGAAACUCUACCAACCUUUUGGAAGGUGUGUUGCCAUUAUUGAUGACAAAGUCGACCGUCUGUACGGUGAAGCAAUCCAAGUCUACUUCGAUACGCACAACAUUGAACUAUUGAAACUGGUAUUUCCUGGAAAUGAGGUUGACAAGGACAUAUCCACWGUAGAACAGAUGYUGGUUGCUCUCAAAAAGAUCAAAGUUUCAAGAGAUCAGCCUGUGUUGGUCGUCGGYGGUGGAGUGAUWUCGGAUAUCGCUGGAUUYGCUACAGCUCUGUAUCAUCGCAACACACCAUACGUCAUGUUGUGCACUAGUAUUGUKUCUGGAAUUGACGCUGGUCCGUCCCCUCGUACGUGUUGCGAUGGCUUUGGUUUCAAGAAYCUUUACGGCUGCUAYCACCCCCCUGUKCUAACUCUCAUUGAUCGYAGCUUCUUCARCACUCUCCAUCACGGCUGGAUCCGUCAUGGCAUAGCGGAGAUCGCUAAGAUGGCUGUAGUGAAGGAUGAGGAGUUGUUUAACCUCCUGGARCAAUACUCGUCCUCUCUGAUCUGGACCAAGUUUGGUACUGAGAUGGAUGACUUCAGUGGUGACGCUGAAACAUUCAGGGAAGUCUGUGAUCUCAUCAUUGGCAAAGCUCUUGAAGGGUAUGUACGCUCAGAAUAUGGUAACCUUUGGGAGACUCACCAGUGUCGACCUCACGCAUACGGACACACGUGGAGCCCUGGGUACGAGCUUCCUGCCGGCAUGCUUCACGGUCAUGCYGUAGCCACAGGGAUGGGAUUCGGCGCUUAUCUUUCAUUCUGCGAGGACUGGGUGACACAAGAAGAAUUGAGCCGAAUUCUUAAAGUYCUAAGCGGCCUGGAACUCUCYCUGUGGCAUCCGAUCAUGGAAGAGAGCGUUAUGAUUUACAGAGCACAGGAGAAAAUGAUUGAGAAAAGAGGCGGUAAUUUAGCUGCACCGAUACCGAAGGGUAUUGGAAACUGUGGYUACUUAAACUACAUGCCACUAGAACUCCUUCAGCAAAGACUCGAAGAAUACAGAGAAAUUUGUCAGCAGUACCCGAGGGAAGGGCUUGGGGUCGAAGCUCACUGCAAGGAGGUUGGUCUUGAAGAUCCCGCAACUGUUGGUAAUGUCAAUAACGUUCUUCCACAAGAAAUGAAGCAUCAAAAUGGCUGUGAAAAGGAUCGUGAAGACGGCGGGAAAACGAAGAAACUUUCCUAUCAGGAAUGGAUCGAGAYKAUGCAGAAAAAGAGAAACGCGGGCUUUACUUCAAACAUGACUUUGAAGCCAGCUCCYGACACACCACAUGCACCAGAGUAYGAACCYAACGAACUCUGCCAUCCAGAGGUGGAAGACUAUGCGGGGGGCCUAUCUCAAGUUCCYAGUGCCGAUAUMCAGAAGAUCGCCAUUGAAACUGAACAACARCAAAUGUUCACGCCAUGCAUGGUGGGACACCUUGAGUCACAAUUUCUAAAGAUGAUGGCCCAGAUUGGGAACGCAAAGAGAGUUUUGGAUAUAGGGACCUUUACUGGCAUGUCUGCCAUGGCAUUCGCUGAAGGUAUCCCCCCAGAUGGUGAAGUGGUAACCAUUGAGUUUGACACCGUUAUUGCAUCUACAGCAGAGAAGCUGUUCCGUAGUUCAACACAGUCACACAAACUGAUUCUUAAGGUCGGUGAUGCCGUAGAAAUCAUGAAAGAAUUAAAAACUGCAGAAGAGAAAUUUGAUAUCAUAUUCCUUGACGCAUCCAAGGAUCAAUACAUAGCGUACUACAACCUMGCCAUGGAUAUGCUGACCCCGUCAGGCUUYAUACUCGCUGAUAACUCGCUGUGUGCAUUGUUGUAUGACUCGGACGACUCGCGACGGCAAGCGCUUCACGAGUUUAACCAGAUGGUGAARAAUGAUAAAAGGGUUGAACAACUGGUUCURCCGUUCAGAGAGGGGAUCUCGAUARUACGUCCAAAGCACUAAGCACUUAAAACAUAGUUAUAGGCAUAUUUCUCUGCACUAUGGACACACAUACACAAAAUAUAUCUUGACAAUAUAUGAUAAAUUUAGAUCAUUACGCAUGUUUCCUACAUUGGCUAUAAUAUUCUCAUGUGAAYUUGGAGCAACUUCUUCCCUUGUUGGCCGAA